UCUGCGGUCACACUGGAAUGGACGGAACAGCGCGUGUCGAAAAAAAAAAAAUAUUAAAUAAAUAUAAUAUAUUAAGUGCGUUCGCGUGUGUGUGUGUUUGUGUAAGGAAGCAGAUGCAAGAAGCAGAAAUAGCAAACGGAGACACAGCACCACCAGCGAAGACGGCGACAACAACAACACAAACGGAAACCGAAUGACUAAUUUGUCAGUUUUUAGUAUUUACUCAAUAGCUAAUUACACAUUAAAACACAGCACAAAAAGAGUUUAGUUUACGUUGGAGAAGCGAGCGGAUACAAGAAAUAGCCAAGAUGAAGAGGCAAUUCGCGAAGAUUAAAAUUGCGGCUGAAAAUUUAUCAAGAUCAACAAAAGCAGACUGCAAAGAUUCCGAGCUAGAGAUCAUCGAGAAGCAGGUGGACCGGUAUCGUGAUACCAUCGAGAAGAUUGUGCGUAAAUUGCCAGCACUGAGCAGCAGUGGUGGGAGCAGCAGCAGCAAUGGCCAGGUAUCUACCGAGGAGCAGGACAAGCGGACCAAGAAGAACAGUCACUACAAGAUUGCCCAGGCCCUGGAUGAGUCCGCCAAAGAGUUACCCAAGGAUAUGCCCCUGCAGAAGGUCUUGGCCAAUUGUGGGGAGCUGGAGAAGACAAUCGCAGAGUGCAUCAUCGAGAGCGAACUGGAGACGGAGACCAAGGUGGUGAGGCGUUUAAAAAACAUCUUGGAUAAGGAACUACAAGAGAUCUCAACGUUGAAGCGUAAUGUCUCGCGAACAUUACAGGAAUACACCUCACUGAAGCGCAGCCAUGAGGCGGCUAUACGUCUGGAUGAGCCGGCGUCAAAGGUGAACCACAUCAAGAGCCAGCAGGAGGAGUGCGCGCUGAAGCUGGAGAAGGAGCGCGAUGCAUGGGCCGCGCAGAUGCUGGAGCUGAUUGCCAAAGAGGAUGAGAUUGUCAACUGCAUACGGGACUAUGUGCUCAACCAAAGAAACUAUCACGAGCGGGCGUUGCAGCAUGUGAAUGCCUCGCUGGCCCGCAUCCAGGACACCAUUCAGGCGACGGAGAAGUCGCGCUUUGGCACCUCCCUCAAGGAGCAUCUGACGUCGACGCAUCGGGAGAUUUCCUAUAUCGUGGAGCUCUGCUGCUGCUGUCUGCUCGAGAAUGGGCUGGAGGAGGAGGGCCUGCUCCGUGUGGGCUGUGCCAGCACCAAGCUCAGACGGAUGAAGCACGCUCUGGAGGCGCAGCAUGUGAAGACACCGCUGCCGCUGGACUACCAGGAUCCCCAUGUCAUUGGCUCCAUACUCAAGCUCUAUUUGCGCGAGCUGCCCGAGCCGCUGCUCACCUAUAACCUGUACAAGGACUUUAUACGGAUCGCAGAGCGUCACAGCGAGAACGAGCGGAAGACAGAGAUAAAGGCUAUACUGGGGAAGCUGCCCAAGGAGAACUAUGCGAAUCUGCGCUACCUCACACGCUUCCUGGCCCUCGUGCAGCAGCGUUCGGUGCACAAUAAGAUGAGCUCACAGAACCUGGCGAUUGUCAUGUCGCCAAACAUGCUGUGGCCCCGCAUCGAUAAGAGCAGCAAUGCCCAGGCCGACUACAUUGGGCAGGUGAACAGCUCCUCGGCGGCCAACAUAAUUGUGGAGCUGCUGAUCAGCCAGUGGGAUUACUUCUUCACCGGCGACGUUGAGUUCUACGUGACGCUGCAGAGGCAGAAGCUCUUUGUCGAGGGCAAGAGCAAAUCGAAUUCCUCCAACGAGAACCUAGACAAACAUGACAAUGAAGUCAUGGAGAGUCCACGAUAUGGCACUUUGCGCCGCCAGAAACCGAAUGCUCCUUCGCCUCCCAGCACGAAUGGGAGCAGCACGAUCAUGACAACAUCACAGACGCCCCAGCGGCCGCAUGCCAAGGAGCUGUUCCCGCAACAAACACCGCAAACGCAGCAGGAGAAGCCCGCCAAGCCGCCGCUGCCCAAUUUGCCCCAAUUUCAAGUACCACCAGCCGCCGUGACCCUGCCAACCAACACACAGCUGGAGGCACUGCCGCCACCGCCUGUGACGCCCGCCAAGCCUGUGCCCAUGACGCGCACCCAGUUCUUUGGCCUGGACAACUUGCCCUCGCCCACAGCGGAUCGCAAGAGUACGGACAGUAUCGGAAGCUUCAAGCUGAAGCCAGAUUUGCCCCAGAAGCCGCUGCUGCCCAAGCGGCCGGCAGUGCUGGGAGUGGGACCAGCAGCAGCCAGGAAUGAUGGCAAGAGCGACGAUGAGGGAGCCACCACGCCCACGCAGGCAACAAUUGAUAAUGUCAAUGGCAGCGUGCGCUAUAAAACGGAGCAUUUUCUUGAGAAACUAAAGCAGGAGAAUUGUGAUACGAAUGGAACGAGGGAGGAGGCUCCACCUACGGGCAAAGAGAACCAUAACCAUAACCAUGAACAGAACUCGACUGCAGUCGAGCCACAGAAACAGCAGCAGCAGCAGCAGCAGCAACAGCAACAGCAGAACUUGCAGGCACAGCCUCCGGAAAACAAGCAGCCCCAGGACAAGGCAACGACACCCAUUUCGCCCAACUCAUUUCAAACGCCGAAAAGGCCAACGGUGCCAGCGCCACCGCCUCCCACAAAUCGCAAGCCAUCGGAAUAGAUAGAGAUAGGAAUGCAUUGUG